AAAACCUCACCUACCUUUUGCCUACGGGCCGUAACUCCCCACCUCCCUUCCUCCUUUCCACACCCCCCCGGUCGUCGUCCUUUUCUGCCACCCUCUCGCUACCGCCAGUUCCAGCCCCUCUUCACAAGCUUCGAUACCAACACCCCCUCCUCCGUUGCGACGAAGAACAUCAUCGAAUUCCCCAUCCCAUUCGAAACGCCGGCACCCUGAAAUCCUCGUUUCCCCUCCCUCUUCCUCUCUUCGUUCCCAAUCCUCAAACAAUUAGGGUUAGGGUUAGGGUUCUUUGUCGGUGACCGAGGGGCUGCCAAGUGUUUGAUGAAAUGGCGAAGCUCGAGGAGGAGCAGGGAGGAAUGAACGGCCAUCAGCUCAAUCCGCUGAAUGUGUCGCGGUCGCGGUCCGUGUGCGAGACGGUAAAUGGGUCUCACCGGUAUACGGUGAAGGGGUUCUCGCUGGCGAAGGGGAUGGGUCCUGGGAGGUACCUGUCCAGCGACACCUUCACCGUCGGGGGAUACCAGUGGGCCGUCUACUUCUAUCCCGACGGCAAGAACCCGGAGGAUAACUCUCUUUAUGUCUCAGUGUUCAUUGCCCUGGCGAGCGAGGGGACCGACGUGAGGGCGCUCUUUGAACUCACGCUGGUCGACCAGAGCGGCAAGGGGAGGCACAAGGUGCACAGCCACUUCGAUCGAGCGCUAGAGGCCGGGCCCUACACGCUCAAGUACCGGGGGAGCAUGUGGGGAUACAAGCGGUUUUACAGGAGGACAUCUUUAGAAACAUCGGAUUAUCUCAAGGAUGAUUGUCUAAUUAUGAACUGCACAGUGGGUGUUGUUAGAAACCAUAUUGAAACACCAACACAGCUUUCAAUUUUUGUACCACCACCAGACUUGGGUCAGUGUCUCAAGGAGUUGUUCACAUCCGGCAUUGGUUCUGACAUAGAUUUUGAGGUUGGUGAUGAGACAUUUAAAGCUCACAAGCAGAUUCUCGCUGCUCGCUCGCCAGUAUUUAGUGCACAAUUUUUUGGUCUUAUUGGGAAUCCAAAUGUGGACAAAAUUGUUGUGGAGGAUGUUGAACCUCCUAUUUUCAAGGCCAUGCUUCUGUUUAUAUAUUCUGAUGAACUCCCUGAUGUGCAUGAUCUAACUGGAUCAGUUUCUAUGUGCACAUCCACGAUUAUGGUACAACAUCUAUUGGCCGCAGCUGAUAGAUAUGGACUGGAACGUCUAAAACUGUUAUGUGAAGCAAAACUGUGUGAAGAAGUCACUGCUGAUACUGUAGCAACAACCUUGGCCCUGGCAGAGCAACACCAAUGUGCUCAAUUGAAGGCUGUCUGCUUAAAAUUUACAGCAGCUCGAGAAAACUUGGGAGCUGUGAUGCAGACUGAAGGGUUCAAUUACUUGGAGGCGACGUGCCCAUCUUUGCUGUCAGACUUGUUGGCAACUGUUGCUGUGGUAGAUGACGACUCUAGUCCUAUCAGCAGGAAGAGGAGCGGUAGCAGUAACAUAGGGCUCAAUUUAAUGGACAGUGUUGAUUUGAAUGGGAGGCGUAUGAAGAGGCGGAUGUAGCUUGCAAUUGAUCUUAGGAUAGUCCGUAAGUAUUGUAGCGUCUUGCUGCUUCCUCCACAGACCUUAUCUGGGUGUUCAGAUCUGUACAUUUGUGUAGUGAAGUGGCAUCACUGAUUUGAUUUGAACUUUAGUGGCUUAUAAAUAAUUCAUCCUUAUUAUCAAGCAGUUGUGCGGUUGAGCUUUGAAUUUAACAAUGAUAUCACUGAACGGACCUGGAGCUUUGAAGGUCUCAGGAAGAGCUCUCUGAUGUUGUCUUU